CCAGGACUCAGAGAGGCUCUUGUUCCAGUGGCUUCCCCCAUUAAGCGCUCCAGAUUGGGGCAGGACUCAGUCCAAUAGAGGGCCUCCAACCUCCAGGGACCACAAACCAAAGAUCAGCUCUCCAUUUUAAAAAGAGAAAGGUGGAUUUCUACAUCUACAUUUUUAUACUAUACUUUUAAAAGAUGAUGAGACAAAGGACUUUAAAAAAAAGCUUCUCCAUCUAUUUUGAAAUGGAAUAUCUGUCUUUUCUCCACCUUCGAUCUGGACUUUUACAUUUUUAAUUUGGAAUUUUUUAUUUCUUAUUGCUAUUUCCUCCUGGAAGUGCUGUUCUGGUCCCUCUCUGGUUCUUCUCAGACUCUGUGAUGUUCUAAUGGGACGAGUACUUACCAUUACUCUCAAUUAGCCACACUUACCAGACCGUGAUGACUGGUUAUUGUGCAAUAGUUUUGGGCUAGUGCUCCUUAGUGGGUAGAACCCAAAUUGAGAGCUGGGUGUUUUGGGUGUGUGUGUGUGUGUGUGUGUGUGUGUGUGUGUGUUUAACCAGCCUUUAUACUGUAGCUAACCAAAUAUUCACACAAUACAGGGCAACACCUUUCAGUGCCACCUGCAUUUCAUUGUCCCAGACAAUUAACAGUAAAUCAAAAAUAAAAUGGAUGACCACAGAAACUCUAGCUUUCUUUGCCAUUCCCACCACCCACGAUGGCCACAGUCUAGUGCCGGAAAGAGACGACGAAAAAAAACCUCAAAGCAAAAAGUGAAAAAUCCUGAUGGCUCAUUGUGUCCUGUGUCCUCGACCCCGGUACUACGCAGCCACAGCUGGUGGGGCAACUGUUUUCUCCUUUCUCUAGUCAUGCUAUCAUACUUGCCCUGUGAGGCCUGGGGCACCACAUUCAAAAUUGCCAUUGUAGGACCGUGGACAUGUGACCCCAUGCUCUCCAAAGCCCUGCCAGAUCUGGCUGCACGGUUAGCCAUGAGCCGAAUAAACAAAGACCCCGACCUCAACAAGGGCUACUGGUAUGAUUACACACUAAUUAAUGAGGAUUGCUCCAGCUCGAAAGCCCUGGCACACUUUGCUGAACUGGAGGGCUAUGGUUCGGCCUUUCUUGGACCGGCAAACCCUGGCUACUGCACUGCUGCUGCGCUGCUAGCGAAGAAUUGGAACAAGGGCAUCCUGUCCUGGGCUUGUCUGAAGGCUAACAUGGAUGAGGGAAUGUAUUCCACCUUCCUGCGGCCGCUCCCAUUGUCUUCUCGUGUGCUCCUCUCCGUGCUACGCUUUUUCCGCUGGGCACAUGUUGGGAUUAUAACAGCAGAGAACGACAUGUGGGAAGCGACUGGGCAUGAACUGGCAGCUUCCUUGCGUGCCCUUGGUCUGCCAGUUGGUGUGGUUGUUACCAUGGAAACGGACAAGGAAGGGCCACGGCGAGCACUAAAGACAAUACGGGAGACCGAUCGAGUGAGGGUUGUCAUCAUGUGCAUGCACUCUGUUCUGAUUGGUGGAGAGGAACAGUAUCAGUUGCUAACCACAGCAAUGGACAUGAGAAUGAUUGACCGAGGGUACAUCUUCAUUCCUUAUGACACCCUCCUGUAUUCACUGCCAUAUAAAAAUGUGAACUAUCCAAUCCUGGCCAAUGACACCAAACUGCGACGAGCAUAUGAUGGGGUCCUGACAAUAACCAUGGACCAAGGGGAACAAAACUUCUAUGAGGCAUUUAGUGCAGCGCAGGAAUCCUACGACAUACGUACCAGCACACCACCCGAAGAGGUUUCUCCAUUCUUUGGGACCAUCUAUAACAUGCUCUAUUAUACAGCCAAGGCUGCAGAGCAGAGCCGAGUUGCGAGUGGAGGGCGCUGGGUAUCGGGUGAUGCACUGGUUAAAAAUGAGGGAGGAUUUGAAUUCAAUGGCUUUAACCAGCGGAUAUCGGCAGGUACAGAUGGAGAAGGAAUGCAGGCCCGCUACGCCGUCCUUGAUUCAGAUGGCUCUGGGUCCAGCCUACAUCGCACACACGCCCUGGAAGCAUCGCACACACAUGGGAAAUAUGGAGGGUUGAAGUUCCUGGGGAAAUCGAUUCAUUUUGCUGGAGCGUCUCCGAGCACUGACUCAAACUGUUGGUUCAGUCCUUAUGUCGCUUGUAAUGGAGGCUUAGAUGGAGUGACCAUUUUCUUCUUUUUUCUCUUGUUCUGUGUGUUUUUAAGUGGAGCAAGUGUAUUAUUUCUACAUUUAAGGAAAUAUGGGAUGGGGUUAUUAGGAGCAUUUGGUGGAGGAGGAAAUGGAAGCCCCACUAAGAUAAUACUGACACUGGAUGACUUGGUCUUCAUCAACACCACACUCAGCAGGAGGAAGCUGAAUGAGGAGAGUAUGAAGCUGAAUGAGGAGAGUGCGGUGAAGAGUCAACAAGAUCUUAAAACCCCUCGCCACUCAGUUUCAGGACGCAGUUACAUUGCGUCAACUCCUGAAAUGUCCAACGUUGCUGUAUUUGAGGGUGACUGGGUCUGGCUGAAGAAGUGCCCCUGUGGAGAUUCAGUUUCAGAAAUCAGUGAAAGCGCUCAGACCAUCUUUAUUAAGCUGAGAGACAUGCGUCAUGAGAAUCUGAACCUGUUUCUGGGUCUGUUCUUGGAUACUGGCAUAUUUGGCAUUGUUACGGAGCAUUGCACCAGAGGCAGCCUGGAAGACCUGCUCAACAACGAGGAAAUGAGACUGGACUGGAUGUUCAAAUCCUCUCUUCUCCUUGACCUGAUCAGGGUGAGGAAUUUAGGACUGAAUGAAUGCGUGGUGCAGGUGCACAUGUGCCAAUUUGGGGCGUCUAUGCUGGAGGUGGACGCAGAAAUGAGCAGAUGA